GGGCCGGCCGGUAGGGGGCGGACGCGGGCCGGCGCCGCCGCCGCCAUGAGCAAGGGCCCGGGGCCGGAGGCAGGCCCGGAGCCGGGCCCGGAGCCGCAGCCCCUCCGCCACGGCGACCCCGCCGAGCCGGGGCCCGGCGCCCCCGGCGGGCUCUUCGCGUGGCUGCGCGGGCGCUGCCUGGGCCGCGGGGCCGCCGUGGACCCGGCGCGGGACACGUUCGGCGCCAUGACCGGGCUGUACGGCGCCAUCCAGCCCGCCGACUCCGUGUCCCUCAGCACCCGCACGCACGGCGCCGUCUUCAACCUCGAGUACUCGCCCGACGGCUCCGUGCUGACCGUGGCCUGUGAACAGACUGAGGUCCUGCUCUUCGACCCAAUAUCCUCAAAGCACAUCAAGACUCUCUCUGAAGCUCACGAAGACUGUGUAAAUAACAUCAGGUUCCUGGAUAACCGGCUGUUCGCCACCUGCUCCGACGACACCACCAUCGCUCUCUGGGACCUGAGGAAGCUCAACACCAAAGUGUGCACGCUGCAUGGCCACACCAGCUGGGUCAAGAACAUCGAGUACGACACCAACACCAGGCUGCUGGUCACCUCGGGCUUCGAUGGCAACGUCAUCAUCUGGGACACCAACAGGUGCACAGAGGACGGAUGUCCCCACAAGAAGUUUUUUCACACCCGUUUUCUGAUGCGAAUGAGGCUGACACCAGACUGUUCCAAAAUGCUGAUCUCCACCUCCUCUGGUUACCUUCUGAUUUUGCACAACCUUGACCUGAACAAGUCUUUAGAGGUUGGCAGCUACCCGAUUUUACGGGCCAGGAGGACCACGUCGAGCUCAGACAUAACGUCGUCGGGCUCCUCUGGCCCUCGAGCUGUGGGCUCCCCCUGCCACCAGAACAACUCAGGGCCACCCUCUGAGAAAACCUUGUCACGGCCCUCCCAGCGAGAAGGGGGAUCACCUAGGAACAGCCUUGAGGUGUUAACACCAGAGGUUCCUGGAGAAAGAGACCGUGGGAACUGCAUCACGUCGCUGCAGCUGCACCCCAAGGGCUGGGCCACGCUGCUGCGCUGCUCCAGCAACACAGAUGACCAGGAGUGGACUUGUGUCUAUGAAUUCCAGGAAGGAGCUCCGGUGCGCCCCGUGUCCCCGCGCUGCUCCCUGCGCCUGACGCACUGCAUCGAGGAGGCCAACGUGGGCCGGGGCUACAUCAAGGAGCUCUGCUUCAGCCCCGACGGCCGCAUGAUCUCAUCCCCGCACGGCUUCGGCAUCCGCCUGCUGGGCUUCGACGCGCACUGCAGCGAGCUGGUGGACUGCCUGCCGCGGGAGGCCAGCCCCCUGCGCGAGAUCCGCUCGCUCUACUCCCACAACGACGUGGUGCUCACCACCAAGUUCUCGCCCACGCACUGUCAGAUCGCCUCGGGGUGCCUUAGCGGACGCGUCUCCCUCUACCAGCCAAAGUUCUAGGCGCGGCCGCGGCCCCGCGGGCGGACCUUUGUGGUGGGUUUUCCUUCUGCUGAGUGGAAGCGUGCUCUCUCCAAAACCUCUGAGCCCAGAGGAGGUCACGGCUGCCGUGGCCUCGGGAUGUGACCUGGAAGGAUUUUUCAGGCCAGCACCAUGUGGAUCUGGGUCCUGCAUUUGUGAGCCCACAGCCCUGCCGGCAGACCUCUGCUCCUGCUGAUCCUGUGCCAUCGGGCUGCUGUCCUGCUGUGUUUGUACCCUCAUACUUGAUUGUUUCCUUCAGCACAACUCCAGUGGGCUGUCUGGAGCAGCACAGAGGGGCAGGGUGCCCAGGUACCUCCUGUCCCACAGGAGCUGGACUGCCUCACCUCUGCUUCCUCUUCUGUCACUGAAGCAACUCUGUGGUGAUCAGUAGAUAAGGGACUGCUUGUCCACGUAAGCAACACGGUUAGUUACUCUCACCAAAAAAAAAAAAAAAAAAAAAAAGAGAAAAAAGGAAAAAGAAAAAGGAAUUUUGCUUUCAUUUCUAAGUUAAUGUGGUUGUCAUUGGCUAGAAUGAGUCACGGUGUGGCUUAGGCUGGCAGGGACCACUGGAGGUCACCCAGGCCCACCCCUGCACAGGCAGGCUCCCCUUGAGCCCACCACUCAGCCCAGAGGAUCUCUCUGGGUUCGUGCAGCGGGGCAGCUCUGGCCCCUCUGCCAGGUGUCUGUUGCAGGGGCCUUUCCACAUCUGAAUCAUGGUGGCAUUUUGCUGAUGUUGGGUAUUUCCCACCUGGCUGCACUCUAGCUGUGGGAGAAAUUAAUUUGGAUGUGUCCCUAGUAUCACCAGGUUAGCCUUUCCUCACAUGUGCUGUCAGUUUGGGAGAGGAUUAAAAGCAAACCUGUCAACAGUGAGAUUUACCUGGAUCUGGCCAGGCUUGUUAUCGGGUGUGGAACACUGUACUGCUCAACCCUGGAGGGGAAGCUGUAUGAGGAGCAGCUGAGAUCACUUGGUUUGUUCAGCUUGGAGGAGUCUGAGAUGAGAUCUCAUGGUGCUACUGAACAUCCUCCUGGGGGGCAGAGGAGGGGUGGGUACUGACCUCUUCACUGCCGUGACAAGGGACAGGGCCAGGGCACGGCUGGGGCUGGGCCAGGGGAUUUGGGAUGGAGAUCAGGGAAGGUUCUUCCCCCAGAGGGUCACUGCUGGCACUGCCCAGGGAAUGGGCACGGCCCCGAGGCUGCCAGAGCUCCAGCAGAGCUUGGACAGCACUGCAGGGAUGGCCAGGGUGGCAUUGCUGGGGCUCUGGGCAGGGCAGGGGUGGCACUGGGUGAUCCUGUGGGUCCCUUCCAGCUCAGGGGGUUCUGUGAUUCUGUGGUCACACCCAGAGUACAAACGUCAGCCCUCGAGUUAAUAGAGCUAACCUUGUAAAUGCACAGGUGUUGUACAUCCAUGUCAGUUCAUAACAUUCUCAUCCCUUACACGCUCCAAGAUGAGGGUUUUCUAGUAUUUCACUGAAGUUUUGCAGACUAGUCACACACUCAGUUCAGCAGGGACCUUUACCUGAAAGGACUGUCACCUCUUGGUGUUCAGGUACAUCUCUCUGGCUCAGCAGAGCACACUUGUUCAAAGCUGACUCUUACAAAGCCUUUUGCAAAAUGUAUUUGGGGAUAAAGACAACAUUUAGGGACGUGAGAGAGCUGGAAAAGUAAGCCUGAGGACCUUCCUGUAGCUUUGUAUUUAUGUGGGUAGUAUAAAGCCUCCUCUGCAUCAUGACAGAAGAAAAUCCCUAGUUUCCUCUUUUGGAGAAUUUCUUGGGUAAAACGAAGCCUUCAAUUGUGUGUGUUAGGCAAUCUGAGGGCAAUCAUCCCUCCUGCUGGCCCGAGCCUGCGGGUGGGGCAGGAGGGCCAGCCGGGUUGUGGCAGCCCUCAGGGCAUUCCCUUGGCUGUGGUUCAGCGCCCUGGGAGCGCCGUGUGCAGGAAACGUGGGGACAAGCACGGCACAUGCAGGCCUUGUAUGCAAAGGAAGAGCUGCAAGAAGUUUGUAUGGGCCAGGCUGUCUGGGGAACAGAGCCCCGGUCCUGCCCAGGCCUACAGCAGCUUUUCCCCAGGCGUUUGCUGCCCCACUGCCAGGCUGGUGUUUUCUCACCUGACUUAAUCUUUUAUUACACAUCACGGAAGGGACUGCAGGGACACGUGAGAGAGCCUUGGAGUUCUCACGGGCUUGCACAGGGUUUGUUUUGGAGGUGGAGGAGCCCCCACGGCACGGAGGCGGUUCUGGGGUGGCUGUGUCCGUGAUUCCAAGGCUGUUUUUGUUUCUCCUGUCAGAACCUCCUCAGACUGGUGGAUCCCUAGUGACUGUAACGCUAUGCCUGUGAAUAUGCACUGAGUGUUACCUUUUUAAUUCUACCUCAUGAUACGCUGUGUUUUACACCAGUAUUGUGCUGAGCUUUGGACACUCCCCUUUCUGUAUAGAGGACCAUAACCCCGCAGUGACAGAUGGGUGACAGAUGUGUCACCAGCACUCCUUGAUAGCACCUGUGGUUGGCUGGCAGGCCCUGCCUGGCCCCGGGACCAGCAGCUCACCUGGUGGAGGGGUUUGGUCACCUUGAUGCUUUUGUAGCGUGUCCAGCAGAUGCAUAAAAUGACAGAAUCUUUACAUGUAUGCUGUAGAAAUGUUAGUUUUUCUGAUGACACUUGUAAUAAGUUUGAAUUAGAGUAAGUAGGUAGUCUUAGAUUUUGGUCAUUUGAUUGAUUACUCCUUUUCAACAAACUUGGAAGUUUUCCAUGAAGGCUUUACCAUGUUUUACCUGUGAAGGUCACUUCUCCGUGGCUUACAGCUGACAUGCCUCACAGUCAUGUGGUGGUGCAAGUGUUUUCAGUUCUCUCUCAGUAGCAUUACUGAAACAAUGAAAUUAUGUGUUGGUGAGCUUUGGGUUAUUUCUAGGUAGUCAAACACAAAAAAAAAGCUUAUCUUCUAGUUGUGUUUCAAAAAUUGAAUGCUUGACCUCGAGAAGUGUACAAAACUGUGAAACAAGUGUAAGGAGACGUUUCCGAGGGGGAGGCAGGACUGCGCUGCCCGAGUGGCGGGGUGGCUCACGCCGGGGCACGGGGUGCAUUCACGGCGUUUCUGGUGGUGGUUCGCGCUGCGAGCUCCCCGCCCGAGAGCGGCCGGCGGCGGGGCAGCCCCGCGGGGCCGGGGCGCUCCCGGGGCCGGUGCUCCGCCCGUCGCAGCCCGGUGUGCCGGCAGCGACCGCGCCGGGACACGCAGGGACGGCACCGCCACACCAUGGGGAUAGAGGAAAAGCACAGCGGUGCCGACUCACACACACACACGAUUGUUUGCACUCGUGGAGUCUUGGGGUAAGGACAGCUCGAUGCCUACUACCAGAAUUAGAAUGUAAACAUCAGAUUUUUCGGGUGGGGGGAGGGCUCUUGGUUAAUUUAGUGGGCUUUGUUUCUGUUUGUUUGUGUUGUGAUUUUAAUUUGGGUAGCACUGAUGUGGAGAAGGUUCUGACAUCGAAUUACAUGGGUCUUUUGCUCUAGGACAUCUAAACUUUUGGGGAAAAAAGAAAUACACUUGCCAAAUGAAAGGUUUCAAAAAAUUUAGUUUACAAGAUUCUAAAACGUUGGAGAGAAAGGACAAAGUCAAAGACCCAUCGUGUUUUUAACCUGCAGGAAACAGAAACUUCUCACUGGUUGAUCUUAGUCAAAGGUGCAUUUUCUAAAGCACUAAAUAUCCUCAGUUAAGUAUAAGGUUUUUAAUACAGAAACAAAUUGUGCAUGUAGAGUAUUUUGAAAUACCUGAGAUUUCCUAGUAAAAACUGUAGCCUUUUAAUACCGUAUAUGAAGUAUCAGAACUGCUUUGGAAGUAUUGUACUUACAGCCGUACAGUAACUUACUAUUUGUGGACAGUUUCUCUUGCUUGCAUAAUAAACAUUUAAUAAUUCACUGAA